GCAGAGCUUUCCAAUGACUAGCCAAACAAUCGACGAGAUCUCACCUGCUGACCCUGCCAUAGCAAGGGCAGCUGCCUCAGAUCUAGGUCCCAUCGAGCCCUUGGAUGUAUCCGACGAUUCGAAUCCCAAACGCUCGAACUUGCAAAAUGCCGGGCUAAUACUCAUGCUCAGUCUUGUGAUGUUUAUCUCCGCCCUCGACCAAACCAUCGUGGCCACCGCCAUCCCUUCUAUGACCAGGGACUUGAACUCAGCGAGCGGCUAUACCUGGAUUGGCGCUUCGUACCUGCUGGCCAUGUGCACAGUCAAUCCCAUGUGGGUGCGCAUGAGCGAUAUCUGGGGUCGCAAGCUAGCUGUUUUGAGCGCGAUCAUCGUCUUCGCCGCGGGAAGCACCAUUGCAGCCGCAGCCGUCGACAUGCCCAUGCUGAUCGCCGGGCGCGGAGUCCAGGGUCUAGCAGGUGGAGGGAUCCUUUCCCUGGUCAACAUCGUCAUUUCGGAUCUCUUUAGCAUGCGCCAUCGCUCGCUGUACAUCAGCGCCACAGCCCUCGUCUGGGUCCUCGCCGGAACAACUGGGCCCGUCAUCGGGGGCGCCUUGUCGCAGUAUGCAUCCUGGCGCUGGUGCUUCUGGAUCAACCUGCCUGUCUGUGGCCUUGCAUUCAUUGUUCUCGCGCUGUUUCUUGACCUGCAUAAUCCGCGCACUAAGCUCCGUGACGGACUCAAGGCCAUCGACUGGUUCGGCAUCCUCUCCAUCUUGACUGUCAUCGUGCUUCUCCUCCUCGGACUCGACUUCGGUGGUGUGACCUUCCCUUGGGAUAGUCCGGUCGUCAUCUGCAUGAUUGUGAUCGGCGCAGCGCUGAUCGGUUUCUUUCUCUUUGCCGAAAAGCGUCUCGCCCGCUUUCCACUCAUGGAUCUGCGCGUCUUCAAGGAAUUGUCCAACAACGCGGUCAUUCUCGUGGCGGCGUCGCAUAGCAUGGCUACAAGAGGCUCAGAGUACUACCUGCCUCUGUAUUUCCAAAGCGUCAAGGGCGCCUCUCCAACCAAAAGCGGCGUUUUAGUUCUACCCAUGAUGAUCGCGGCGUCGCUCUGCGACGUCUCGGUCGGCAUCCUCGUCCACAAGACCGGUCGCUACCGGGAGAUUAUCUGGGCCGGGACCGCGCUCUUGACCCUCGGCACCGGCCUGUACGCAAUGCUCGACACCGACACCUCGCUCGUCAAGGUCAUCGUCUUCGAAGUCAUCGGCGGCAUCGGUCUAUCUCUGCUUCUCUCGACGCCAAUGCUCGCUAUCCAGAACAAUGUCCCGCAAGCUGACGUCGCCGUCGCCACCUCCACACUAGGAUUCAUCCGCAGCAUCGCUACCUCCCUAUCCAUCGUUCUCGGCGGGGUAGUCUUCCAAGACAGCAUGGCAACUCAGGAAUCAACGCUCGUCGCCAGCGGGCUGAAUGAAACCUACCUCGAUGCGUUUUCCGGCUACGACGCGGCGGCGAACGUGGAGAUGAUUGCAAACAUUGACGAUUCCGUGCAGCGCCAUAUCGUGCAGAGCGCCUUUGCGUGGAGCCUGCGGAAUAUGUUCAUCAUGUACACUGUCGCCGCUGGGAUUGGGCUCCUGGCUUCCCCUUUUGUUAAGCAGCGGUUUAUGAGCGCGGAGCACACGGAGACUAAGACUGGGAUUGAGAAUUUGACAGAUCAUAAGAAGCGGCCGGAAGAAUGAGUUUGAUACUGUCCAUUGCAAGAAUCUAACGUCGUGCAACAUGGUGUUUGUGUCAGCGAUAUGCUACGCUCCAAUCGUACCACUCCAACCUAUAUAUCAAGAUUUACUAUACAAAAACAGAGGCAUGAUAACAGCACGCAUCAAGUGCCAACUCUACGCAUUCUCAAGUGUCGAUGUGCAAGACUCUGGCAAAUUGGAAAAUAAAAACUGCAAGCCGGCCGGACGCUACAUACAGCAAUGCCU